AUGCUUCCUAUAGACCUCAUUUCCCUGCCGUACCAAAUAGUGCUCGUCGACAACAGACAGUUGGACGGCAUUCUAAUGGCAAUUGAUGACCAGCGCAACUUGCUGCUUUCCGAUGUAUACGAGCAUUCAGGCUCGCAAACAAGACAUUUGGGUCUUGUGUCGGUGCCCAAGAACACCAUCAAGUCUGUGCUGGUGGACAAAAACGAGGAGCGCCAGUCAUGA